AUGCGUUCUCUCAUCAUCUCUUCUGCCCUCUUGGUCAUUCUCGUCCAUUGCGGAUAUCCAGUUGCUGAGGAUACUUACCCAACAACUCCCAGCUAUCAGACUCCACCACCAACUUAUCCAACACCACAAACAUAUCCAACAACUCCAUCGUAUCCAGUUCCAAAGAAGUAUCCAACUGCUCCAACAUACCCAACCAAACCAUCAUACCCAUCUCCACCAACUGAUUAUGCUCAGAAGCCAUCUUACUCUGCUCCUCCACCACCAGCUCCUUCUGGAUACACUUCCAGUGACAGUGAAGUUGUAGCAUCUGAACCAAGCUACUCUCCAGCUGCUACCACAUACUCUGGAUCCGCUGUCGACUACAAUUCUGCUGGAACUUUCCGUCAACGUGCCAAGGCCCGUACCGCCCACAACCGCCAGUUUCAACGUCGUGCUCUUAUGCCAAUCAGAAGAUUCCAGCAGAAAAAACAGUAG